AUGGCCGGGCCGGGGCGGGUCGCCAUCAAAAGAGUGCCACGGAACCGCAUCCGGCACUGGAGCGAGCUGCCCGAUGGCACCAGCGCUCCCCUGGAGGUUGUGCUGCAGGACAAGGUGUCCACUGGCUUCCCAGGUGUCGUCCAGCUGCUGGAGUGGCUUGAGCUCGCCAGCGACAUUGUCAUGGUGCUGGAGCGGCCAGAGCAGGUCCUGCACCGCGACAUCAAACCAGCGAACAUCCUGGUUGACCUGGCCACCGGGCAGGCUAAGCUGAUUGACUUUGGCUGUGGCACCUACCUGCAAGACACAGCCUACACUCACUUUGCAGGAACACCAUCAUACAGCCCCCCGGAGUGGACCCGCUUUGGCUGGUACCAUGGCGAGCCAGCUACCAUCUGGUCCCUGGGCAUCCUGCUGCACGAGAUGGUCUGUGGGAAGAUGCCUUUCAGAAGGGGCUGGAACUUCAGCUGGGGCCAGCUCUCACUGCCACAACGGCUCUCUCCAGAGUGCCAAAAUCUGAUCGGGUGGUGUUUAUCCAUGCACCCCUUGGCCAGACCCUCAUUAGAAGAGCUGUUCUGUCAUCCUUGGAUGCAGGAUAUUCCUCUGCCCUAGAAGAAGGGAGAGAGCCACAGGCACACUUUGAUCCAGGGCCCUGAGAAGGAGAAGGAGCUCCCAGAGAAGCUGUACCGGGUGGGGCUGCUGCUGCAGGAGACAGCGAGGAUGACAUCAAGGAUGACAACCUCUUCCUCAACCUGGCCACCAGCAGUUGAAGAGGAAGCAUUCUAGGUGGUCCAGUCUGGAUUGGGAAGUGCUUGGGACCAGCUGCAGCGUGGAUGGGCCGUGCCCUUGGAGCAGGCUGAGGACAUCGUUUGGGACCAGCUUUUCUUCCAGCCGUGGAUGG